GCUCAUCUCCUUCCCUAACCAGUGCCUCAGCCCCUCCGGUAAUGGGACCUUGAGACCCAGCUGCGCUGGUAUAUAGCCCAUCAGCUGUCAGUUCAGCUCCUGGAAGGAGCUGGGAGGUGUUAGAGACAAGCCCGGACCUUCAGAAAAUCACGUUGUACUGAGAAGACACAGCGUAGUCCCAGGGGAGCCUCCCUGAGGGCUGCAGAGGAUGACAGCUGGGAACUCCCCACCACUGCUGGCAGCAUGGAAAGCGUGCGUGAGCUCCAAAACCCGCUCUUGGCCAAAUCCAAUGGCCACCUUCGCAGCAGCUAUUCUUACCAUCAGCAUCACAGCCAGGACUACCCCAGUCAUCGCUGCCAAGGGAAACUGUAUUCCUACAUAUUCCAAAACACCGGUGGUGCCAGGACUCACCAGCUGCUGGAUGCCAGUUCUCUGCAGCUGGCUGUUGAAGCUUUGUAUGGCCCCAGUUUCAUCCUUGUGAAGGAUGAGGCUGCUCUCAAGGCCAAGGACAGCAAGAUGGAAAGCUGCGAGACCACCUUUACAGAAAGCAAAGAGUCUCCUUCUGAAGUUCCUGAAGGGCAUGAGGCACAAGGGUCCUGCCUGGUAGAGAGUGACAUCCGCAUCCAAACUGUUUCCUAUGAGGUGGAGGAAGAGGAGCUGCAGGAGUAUGAGAGCGACUCCUCCAGCGACAGCGAAAGCGAGGAUCAUUUCCUGAUGCUUCCCCCCCGGGACCACUUGGGCUUGGCUCUUUUCUCCAUGCUGUGUUGCUUCUGGCCCCUGGGGAUUGCUGCCUUCUACUUCUCCCAAGGGACCAGCAAGGCUGUCUCCAAAGGAGAUUUUCAUCUGGCCAGUUCAGCUUCCCGCCGAGCUCUGUUCCUUGCCGCGCUCUCCAUAACCAUCGGCACAGGAGUGUACAUCGGGGUGGUGGUAGCACUGAUCGCUUAUCUCUCGAAAGGGGGCCACGUGUAGCUGCCACCUGCAUGUCACUGCCAUCCCUGGCCACUGACCCUUCUGGGAUUGAGCUUUCCUAUGGAGCACAGAGCACCAGUGCCUGCAAGGGCUGCUUGCACAGCAGGGCCCCAGCAUGGAUGUCCCGUGCAGGUUUCUUCCUCUUUCAGACAAACAGUAGACCCCUGUUCUCCCUGAGGCUGCAGUGUGCGACCAUCUAACAACAGGGAAUUGAGCACCAGCCUGGCUACUGGGACAAGGAGGAGCACAUUUGCCUGGUGGAAGAUGUGCAGGACAGAAACCACACGCUGCUGCUGGGCUGGUGCGACGACCCCGAUCUGGGGCUAGAACUUCCCUUCUCAGUCCCACAGCUGGGAGAUCCAUCACUUGCCCAGGCUUGGCUCAUGAAGGGUACACACAGAGAAAAGAGGGGGUAUGGUGCCAGGGAAUGACUGCUGCUUCUUCUGGGAGGCCAGAGUCCUGGAGACUCCUGUGAUGGGGACGACAUUGUCACUUCAGUGCUGUGGGGUGGCCUGACCCCUCAGCUGCAGUGAAGUAGGAGGACAGACCAUGGACAAGACCAAGAGGCAUGCUUUCUGCAUCCCUCUGCAGACAGACCUCUGAUCCACAGGAGGACAUCCCAGUUGCUGGUCUAUCCCAAAUCAGAAACAAGGAGGAAGGCAGGCUGGUGGUUGCACACCAUCUCUCCCAUUGUUGGCACAAGCUGGUAAAGACAGCAAGGUUUUCUCUGUGUUAAUAGUGACUGCCAUGGUGAUACCAAGUCAAAGCCCUUACAAGGUUGCCAUCCCAGAGUCCUGGGCCCUCAAAAAGAUUUGUAAUGGAAAUCUCUACCUAAGAAGUGUCCUGGAAGGGGUGCUGGCCUGAAGUAUUCCACUCCUUGUACUAGGUCAGGGCCCUGCACACAAAGAGGGAUGGAAAGAAAAGGCUGAUGAAACCUGCAGAAUCUGGGGUAGGAGUGCUGUUUGUGAGGGGAUGAGAUCCAGAGAAGGAAGAGAUGUGGAAGGAAUCUGAGACACUGGGUGACCUCAACGCACUCCUUCCCAUGCAUUGGAGAGAGGUAUCUCCAGCCAUUCAAAAGCCUCUGGUAACAAGGAAAUACCAAGCAUCCACCCCAUACAUCUUACUUUGCUUAUUUAUAUAUUGUCAGCAGCACAAUAAGUGCUUCAGAGGUGGGUAUGAAGGCAAUGGUUGCCCCAAAGGGCUGGGUUUAAGAGGUCAUGCCUCACCCCACACUCUCCAGCAUCCACCUUUGACCAUCCCUCCUCUCUUUGGCUCCCCUGUUGCCUCUUUUCCCCAUGUGCAGGAGACUGCAGGCAGACUCUGGGCAUCCCUCACCCCCUUCCCAGAGUUUCUGGGCAGGCUGCAGCCAGCUUUGCAAGAGAUGCAGCAUGUUCCUCCAGCUGGGUGCAUUUCAUCCUAAAGAAGCAUGUUAAUGUCUGCGAUUGCCAUUGUACUUGAGCCAUAAAAGAGAGAAGUGUGUCAGAGGCCUGUACAGAAGCUGGUUUGAAAGUUCCCAUUAUGUUUUUUAACAUGGAAGAACUAAUAAAAAAAAAAGGAGAAAAGACUGUUUAUAAUAACGUGGAGCUGGCUAUCAAAGAGGUGAGCGUCACAACAGAACCACACUCACUCAAACCUGGGGGUGUUUAUGCUGUUCCUGAGGGAAGUUAUAAUCUAGAUGAUGUCUGAGUAUCUUGGAGGGAGAUAUAUUUCUGUGUAGAUAACAGUGGGAAAAUACCACCGAGAGCAGGAUGGUGGGGUAGGCUUUAUUUUUCCCCUGUGUAGCUGGACAAGAAUUAGAGAGAGAGACUGGGGCAUCUGUGUAUAGUAGAAGCAUAAAAUCUGCUUGAAUAGGGGCAGAAAAAUACAAACAUGGGGCGAAAUAAGCAGAUCCUGCUUCUGAUGGUGGACAGAGAAGCAGAAUUUGCAGGGCAGGCCUGUCCGAAAGAGAAGGGUAAUAAGUGGCAGACUCAUCCAGCACCCAUGUGACAGUUUUCAUUCCCCUCUUCUGCAUGUGCUCAGCCUUCCUGGACGUCCAUCCCUCCAAAUAACCAAGCAAGAGCAUUAUUUCAGGAGAGGGGACAUCUGUGGGUGCAUCUGUAGCAGGGGUGACCAGCCCCACCACUCCCCAGCUCAGUGCUGUCCCAGCUAAAGCCCUCCCCAUCUGUCCCCUUCAAGUACUCCAAAAUCAGCAGGGUUGGGGGGAUAGCAGAUGAUUCUAGUCCAGACAAAAUUAUUCAGUCCACCAGACCAGAAUCUACAAUAAGAUACAGCAUUUGACUCUGAAUUUGUAAUUCUUCCAACUGGUUCCCUCCAGGGGCUUCCAAGAGUGGGGGGUCCAGCAGUCUUCAGCCCACUUCCCAUGGGCAUUCCAUCCCUCUGAACCCCAAACUGCUUCUUUGUCUUUUUUUAAUUGGAGAUGCAUGGGGAAGGAGCAGGCUAAAGGGCCAACAGAAUUAGAGUCUUUUCCGCUAAUAGCCUGAAUCUCUGAUGAACUUGUCAAAGCGGGGGAGAAGGGGCUGUGCCAGAGCAUCCCUAAGGGGGGCAUUAUGCAAAUGGAGAAAUUAGUUGGAAACAGCCUGAAGGGAAACAUGUGGAAAUUGAAAUCCGAGGAAGAGCAUGAUCACUGCUGAAUAACUUAUUAUAGACUCACAGUGCCUGCUGUGGCUGCCUAAGCAGAAGGGAAGGAAGCAAAAAGGCAACAAGACAGAGCAGUUGGAGAAGGUUCAAGCUCCAGAAAUUUGAUUGAGCUUAAAAAAUAAAAAGUUAAACUCUA